AUGCCGCCUCCACCCUCGUCAGCCCUGACUUCGCCCGUGCCUUCACACACCCUCCUCAGGUUCCUCCGGUCCCAAUCCGAGCAACUCUUUCUCGGCAUCGGCCCUGUCCCGGGAGGAAGCCCUCUGCGUCGCAUCCAAGCGCGAGCUUCAAACUUUCCUCAGCAAUGCAUAGCCUCGAGGUCGCCAGCGCAGGCUACGACGAGGCCGCUGUGCACCUCCGUCGCUAGGCGAGAUGCCGUGAUGCAGGCCGGCAUCUGGGACCUCGACUCCGUGCUCCCCAAAUCCAUGCGCAAGUAUCGCUCCAAGCUUGCCACGACGACAGAUCAGCCAGAGGUCAGGAGAUACGGGUCUUGGAAAUGCAAGGACGGCUCGGAAAACCAGGAGGUCUGGCAUGAAAGGCUGUGGGGUUCGCGGGCGAGGCGCGAGAUCAACCCUCUGCAGCCCGAUGACCUACCCCAUUCCGAGAGCCUGGACGACAUGUUCAUGUUCAACUCGAGGAGACAGCUCUCUGCCAAAUCAGCUCUCGAGCCUCGACUGCGCUGCACCGAAGUGGACGAGAACGGCAAGGUUAUCUUGGUUGAUGGCGAGUUCAAGAAGAGCGAACUGAUCGCAAAGUAUGGCCUGCUGCCCCGAGAUCUCCGGAAGAUCGACUCGUCCAACCUUCCGCACAUCCUUGUGCGCCCCGCUGCUAUCCUGCUCAACCUACUCCACCUCAAGGUCUUGAUCAAGCACGACCGGGUCUUGUUAUUCGACGUGUACGGAUCCAAGACCUCCUACCCGCAGUCGGCCUUCAUGUACGACCUGCAAGGCAAGCUGCAGCAGAAGCAGGCCCCGGGUGCCGGCGGCCUUCCCUACGAGUUCCGCGCACUAGAGGCGGUUAUGAUGUCGGUCACUACAGAGCUGGAGGCCGAUUUCGAGACGGUGCGGGAGCCCGUGCUGCGCGUCCUCAGCGAGCUGGAGGAGGACAUCACGCGCGACAAGCUGCGGAUGCUGCUCGUGCUGUCCAAGAAGGUGAGCACGUUCGAGCAGAAGGCCAAGCUGGUCCGCGACGCUAUCGACGAGCUGCUCGAGGCCGACGACGACCUGGCGGCCAUGUACCUGACGGAGAAGACGCACGACAUCUACCGGGGCGAGGACGACCACACCGAGGUCGAGAUGCUGCUCGAGUCUUACCACAAGGUCUGCGACGAAGUCGCGCAAGAGGCCGGCAGUCUGGUGUCGGGCAUCAGGAACACGGAGGAGAUUAUCCGGGCUAUCCUUGACGCCAACCGAAACUCGCUGAUGCUGCUCGAGCUCAAGUUCAGCAUCGGCACGCUGGGUCUCGCGAUGGGCACGUUCCUCGCGGGCUUGUACGGCAUGAACCUCGAGAACUUCAUCGAGGAGACCAACUGGGGCUUCGGCGCCGUCACGGGCGUCUCCGCGCUCUUCUCGCUCCUCGUCUGCUGGUACGGCCUGGUCAAGCUGCGCAAGGUGCAGCGCGUCAAGUUCGGCGCGGACAACGGCGCGCGCGUCGGCGGCGGCGGCGGCCUGGGCAUGAUGAUGAAGCGGGACGGCGGCAGCGCCGCCGGCAACUACCCGCCUUUCCUGCUGGAGCAGGGCGCGACCGAGAUGCUCGAGGCGCGGAACCGGGAGAGGCUCCAGCGGCUCCGGGUCAUGCGGCAGAUGUCGUCGUCCAAGAAGAGGAGCUGGUUCUGA